AGACGGGAGGCUUGCUGCAGGCCAGGGAGGAGGAAGAAAGGGCAGUGGGAGCAGAGGAGGUGGCUCCUGCCCCAGGGAGGCUCUGAGGGUCCUUGCCUGAAGAGGGAGGAGACAGAGCCGGGGCAGGGGCUCUGGAAUGCAGCCCCUUUCAUUGCUGCUUCUGCUGCUACCUUGCUUCUCGACUGUCAAGACCAGAGGGCUGCUGUGCAAGAGUUUGCCAGAAGUCUGUGCCAAUGGAGGCACCUGCCUGACCCUGUCUCAGGGGCAAGGGGCCUGCCAGUGUGCCCCUGGCUUCCUUGGUGAGACGUGCCAGUUCCCUGACCCCUGCCAGGAUGCCCAGCUGUGCCAUAAUGGGGGCAGCUGCCAAGCCGUGCUCCCUGCUCCCUCCGGCUCCCCUAGCCUGCUCUCUCCCUUGGCCCCCAGCUUCUUCUGCACCUGCCCACCUGGCUUCACUGGUGAGAGGUGCCAGGCCUGGCUCAGGGACCCUUGUUUCCCCUUCUUCUGUUACCAAAGGGGCCGCUGCCACAUCCAGGCCUCAGGCCACCCGAAAUGCUACUGCUUUUCUGGAUGGACAGGCGAGCGGUGCCAGCUGCGGGACUUCUGCUCAGCCAACCCUUGUGCCAAUGGAGGGGUGUGUCUGGCCACAUAUCCCCAGAUCCAGUGCCACUGCCCGCCUGGCUUCGAGGGCCAUGCCUGCGAACAUGAUGUCAAUGAGUGCUUCCUGGACCCAGGACCCUGCCCCACGGGCACCUUCUGCCAUAACACCCUGGGCUCCUUCCAGUGUCUCUGCCCUGCUGCGCGUGAGGGUCAACACUGUGGGCUCCAAGCAGGACCCUGUCCCCCCAGGGGCUGUCUCAACGGGGGAACCUGUCAGCUGGUGCCGGGGAGAGAUUCCACCUUCCACCUAUGCCUCUGUCCCCCAGGUUUCACAGGCCCAGACUGUGAGGUGAAUCCAGAUGACUGUGUCGGGCACCAUUGUCAGAACGGGGGUACUUGCCAGGAUGGGUUGAGCACCUAUACCUGCCUCUGCCCAGAAACCUGGACAGGCUGGGAUUGCUCUGAGGACGUGGAUGAGUGUGAGGCCCAGGGUCCCCCUCACUGCAAAAAUGGAGGCACCUGCCAGAACUCAGCUGGCAGCUUCCACUGCGUGUGUGUGAGUGGCUGGGGAGGCACAGGCUGCGAGGAGAACCUGGACGACUGUGUCGCUGCCACCUGUGCCCCAGGAUCCACCUGCAUUGACCGUGUGGGCUCCUUUUCCUGCCUCUGCCCACCUGGCCGCACAGGCCUCCUGUGCCACCUGGAGGACAUGUGUCUGAGCCAGCCGUGCCACAGAGAAGCCCAGUGCAGCACCAAUCCCCUGAUGGGCUCUCCCCUCUGCCUGUGUCAGCCAGGCUACUCUGGGCCCACCUGCCACCAGGACCUGGAUGAGUGUGAGAUGGCCCAGCAAGGCCCCAGUCCCUGUGAACACGGCGGCUCCUGCCUUAACACCCCUGGCUCCUUCGACUGCCUGUGUACCCCUGGCUACACGGGCUCCCGCUGCGAGGCCGAUCACAACGAGUGCCUGUCCCAACCCUGCCACCCAGGCAGCACCUGCCUGGACCUGCUUGCCACCUUCCACUGCCUUUGCCCACCAGGCUCGGAAGGGCGGCUCUGUGAGGUGGAGAUGGACGAGUGUGCCUCAGCUCCUUGCCUGAACCACGCUGACUGUCACGACCUGCACAACGGCUUCGUGUGCAUCUGCCCGCCCGGAUUCACUGGCACGCGAUGUGAGGAGGACAUCAAUGAGUGUGAAAGCUCUCCCUGCGCCAAUGGUGGGCAGUGCCAGGACCAGCCUGGAGCCUUCCAUUGCAAGUGUCUCCAAGGCUUUGAAGGCCCGCGCUGUCAGACAGAGGUAGAUGAGUGUCUGAGUGGCCCAUGCCCUACUGGUGCCAGCUGCCUUGAUCUCCCAGGAGCCUUCUCUUGCCUCUGCCCCUCCGGCCUCACAGGCCAGUUUUGUGAGGUCCCCCUAUGUGCCCCCAACCUCUGCCAGCACAAGCAAGAAUGCCAGGAUCAGAAGGACAAGGCCCACUGCCUCUGCCCCGAUGGAAGCCCUGGCUGUGCCCCUGCUGAGGACAACUGCACCUGCCACCGUGGGCACUGCCAGAGGUCCUCAUGUGUGUGUGACAUGGGCUGGACAGGGCCAGAGUGUGAGGCAGAGCUGGGGGGCUGCAUCUCCAUGCCCUGUGCCCACGGGGGGACCUGCUCCCCCCAGCCCUCUGGCUACAACUGCACCUGCCCCGCCGGCUACACAGGGCCCACCUGCAGUGAGGAAGUGACAGCAUGUUACUCAGGGCCCUGUCUCAAUGGAGGCUCCUGCAGUCCUAGCCCUGGAGGCUACUCCUGCACCUGCCCCCCGAGCCACACGGGGCUCCGCUGCCAGACCAACACCGACCACUGUGCCUCUGCCCCGUGCCUCAAUGGGGGUACCUGUGUGAACAGGCCUGGCACCGCCUCCUGCCUCUGUGCCACGGGCUUCCAGGGCCCACGGUGUGAAGGAAGGAUCCAUCCCAGCUGUGCAGACAGACCCUGUAGGAACAGGGCAACCUGCCAAGAUGGCCCUCAGGGUCCCCGCUGCCUCUGUCCCCCUGGCUACACAGGAGGCAGCUGCCAGACCCUGGUGGACUUAUGUGCCCAGAAACCCUGUCUACACAAUGCCCGCUGCCUCCAAACUGGACUCUCCUUCCAGUGCCUGUGCCUCCCAGGAUGGACUGGGCCUCUCUGUGACCUUCAACUAUCCUCCUGCCAAACUGCUGUUCUGAGCCAAGGCACAGAGGUCUCCUCCCCGUGCCAGAAUGGAGGCCUCUGCAUCGACAGCGGCCUCUCCUAUUUCUGCCACUGCCCCCCUGGAUUCCAAGGCAGCUUAUGCCAGGACAGGGUGAGCCCAUGUGAGUCCAGGCCCUGCCAGCAUGGGGCCACCUGCGUGGCCCAGCCCAGUGGGUAUCUCUGCCAGUGUGCCCCAGGCUACAGUGGACAGAACUGCUCAAAGGAAACCGACGCAUGUCAAUCCCAGCCCUGUCACAACCAGGGGAGCUGCACCCCCAAACCUGGAGGCUUCCACUGCUCCUGCCCUCCCGGCUUUGUGGGCCUGCGCUGUGAGGGGGACGUGGACGAGUGUCUGGACCAGCCCUGCCACCCCACGGGCACUGCAGCCUGCCACCCUCUGGCCAAUGCCUUCUACUGCCAGUGUCUGCCUGGACAUACAGGCCAGUGGUGUGAAGUGGAGAUAGACCCCUGCCAGAGCCAGCCCUGCUCCCAUGGAGGGUCCUGUGAGGCCACAGCAGGACCACCCCCAGGUUUCACCUGCCACUGCCCCAUGGGUUUUGAAGGCCCCACCUGCAGCCACAGAGCCCCCUCCUGCGGCGUUCAUCACUGCCACCACGGAGGCCUGUGUCUGCCCUCCCCUAAGCCCGGCUUCCCACCUCGCUGUGCCUGCCUCAGUGGCUACGGGGGCCCUGACUGCCUAACCCCUCCAGCUCCUCAAGGCUGUGGCCCCCCCUCCCCAUGCCUACACAAUGGCAGCUGCUCAGAGACCCCCGGGUUGGGGGGCCCAGGCUUUCGAUGCUCCUGCCCUCCCAGCUCUCCAGGGCCCCGGUGUCAGAGGCCAGGAGCCAAAGGGUGUGAGGGCAGAGGUGGAGACGGGGCCUGCGACCCUGGCUGCAGUGGCCCAGGGGGAAACUGGGAUGGAGGGGACUGCUCCCUGGGGAUCCCAGACCCCUGGAGGGGCUGCCCCUCCCACUCCCGGUGCUGGCUGCUCUUCCGAGAUGGGCAGUGCCACCCACAGUGUGACUCUGAAGAGUGUCUGUUUGAUGGCUACGACUGUGAGACUCGUCCAGCCUGCAGCCCAGCCUAUGACCAGUACUGCCACGAUCACUUCCACAAUGGGCACUGCGAAAAAGGCUGCAACACUGCCGAGUGUGGCUGGGAUGGAGGCGACUGCAGGCCCGAAGCUGGGGACUCACAGUGGGGACCCUCCCUGGCCCUGCUGGUGGUGCUGAGCCCCCAAGCCCUGGACCAGCAGCUGCUUGCCCUGGCCCGGGUGCUGUCCCUGAUCCUGAGGGUAGGGCUCUGGGUGAGGAAGGAUAGUGAUGGUAUGGACAUGGUGUACCCCUAUCCUGGGCCCAAGGCCGAAGAAGAGCUGGGAGGAACCUGGGACCCCUCUCAGCAGGAGGCAGUAGCCCCUCCAACACUUCCCCUCGGCAAGAAGACAGAUUCUCUCAGCACUGGGUUUGUGGUGGUGAUGGGUGUGGAUUUGUCCCGCUGUGGCCCUGAGCACCCUGCAUCCCGAUGUCCCUGGGACCCUGGGCUUCUGCUCCGUUUCCUCGCUGCCAUGGCUGCGGUGGGGGCUCUGGAGCCCCUGCUGCCUGGACCCCUCCUAGCUGCGCACCCUCGUGCAGGCACUGCGGCCCCGGCUAACCAGCUCCCCUGGCCUGUGCUGUGCUCUCCAGUGGCUGGGGUGCUUCUCCUGGCCCUCGGGGCUCUUCUUGUCCUCCAGCUCAUCCGGCGUCGACGCCGAGAACACGGGGCCCUCUGGCUGCCCCCUGGUUUCACACGACGGCCCCGAACUCAAAGGGCCCCCUGCCGACGCCGGCCCCCCCUGGGCGAGGACAGCAUUCGCCUCAAGGCUCUGAAGCCAGAAGCAGAAGUUGAUGAGGAUGGAGUUGCGAUGUGCUCAGGCCCUGAGGAGGGAGAGGAGGUGGGCCAGGCUGAAAAAAUGACCCCAACUUCCAUGUGCCAGCUCUGGACUCUGACUGGAGACUGUGGAGAGCUCCCCCAGACAGCCAUGCUGACUCCCCCCCAGGAGUCCGAGAUGGAGACCCCUGAUGUGGACACCUGUGGACCUGACGGAGUUACACCCUUGAUGUCAGCAGUUUGCUGUGGGGGAGUAGAGUCCAAGACCUUCCAAGAGGCAUGGUUGGGAGGCCCUGAGCCAUGGGAACCUCUGCUGGGUGGAGGGGCCAGCCCCCAGGCUCACACAGUGGGCACCGGCGAGACCCCCCUGCACCUGGCUGCCCGAUUUUGCCGGCCAACCGCUGUCCGUCACCUACUUGAGGCUGGAGCCAACCCCAACCAACCAGACCGGGCAGGGCGCACCCCCCUUCACGCUGCUGUGGCUGCUGAUGCUCGAGAGGUCUGCCAGCUCCUGCUCCGGAGCAGACAGACUGCAGUGGAUGCGCGCACAGAGGAUGGGACCACACCCCUGAUGCUUGCCGCCAGGCUAGCGGUGGAGGACCUGGUUGAAGAACUGAUUGCAGCCCGAGCAGACGUGGGGGCCAGAGACAAAUGGGGAAAAACUGCGCUGCACUGGGCCGCAGCCGUGAACAACGCUCGGGCCGCCCGCUCACUUCUGCAGGCCGGAGCCGAUAAAGACGCCCAGGACAGCAGGGAGCAGACGCCACUGUUCCUGGCGGCCCGAGAAGGGGCAGUGGAGGUAGCCCAGUUGCUGCUGGCGGUAGGGGCGGCCCGAGAGCUGCGGGACCAGGCCGGGCUAGCGCCCGGUGACAUCGCCCGCCAACGCAACCACUGGGAUCUGCUGACGCUGCUGGAAGGGGCGGGGCCACCGGAGGCCCGUCACAAAGCCGCGCCGGGCCGCGGAGCUGGCGCAUUCUCGUGCGCGCGGAUCCCGCGUGGAGGCGGGGCUCUGCCGCGCACCCGGACGAUGUCUGCGGGAGCAGGCCCUCGAGGGGGCGGGGCUUGUCUGCAAGCCCGGACUUUGUCCGUUGACUUGGCCUCGUACGGGGGCGGGGCCUAUUCCCAUUGCCGGAGUCUAACGGGAGGAGGAACAGGAAGAGUCCCGCCCCACCGCGGUCGUAGAUUUUCUGCGGGCAUGCGCAGGCCUCGGCCCAGCCCUGCGAUAAUGCGGGGAAGAUCUGGGGUUGCGGCCCGGCGCGGGGGUGGAGCCUCGGCGGCUGACUGGCCCUGUGAUUGGGUGGCUCUGGGAGCCUGUGGUCCUGCCCCCAACACUACGAUCCCACCUCCUUGCCUUACUCCGUCCCCGGAGCGGGGUUCCCCUCAACCUGCCUCGGGUCCCCAAGCCCUUAAUUCCGGAGGCGAGGGCCAAAAAUAGAAGGUUAUAUGGGGGGAGGGGGAACGUCUUAAAAUGAGUACUCAUUAAAUGACAGGCAGUCCGGAAGGCCCUACAGAUUUUGAGGUUCUGGAGCCCCAAAACUGAGGUCAUGAGCUUAGUUUCCCUCCCAAAAUGAGUGUGUGCUCACCAGAACAGAUACCGUCUUCCACGUGCAGAAGCCUCAGCUCUAGAAAGAGUGUUUAGGGUGCUGGGGUGAAGCGGUCCUAGCCUCUCUCCCAGAAAAAUAAGGGCGAGGGGCUACAGGAGGGCAGAAUGGAGUGGGAGAAGUCCUCUAAACUGGAACCAAGAACUGCAGGCAAAUGAAUGUAAGAUGUUCUUUCUUAUAUAUGGUUCCCAAAGGAAGCCUCUAUCACGCCUCACCCUCUCUGCCCACAAACGGCUGACACCUACUAUGUUCCAGGCCCUGUAGGUGCCAAAGGGGGGCCCAAGGCCAACUCCAGCUGAUGACCCUUUGCAUUCUCCCCAUCUCCCCCCCACCAAAAAAAAAAAAAACUCCACCGCAGGGAUGAAGCACCACUCUCCUAGCCAUCACUGUCUAUUUAAGACCCCUCAAAUCUGUCACCCUGCAAUAAAGCUGAUUUGAAGUGU